AUGGCUGAUUUCCGUCAAACCAUGCUAUAUCAGAGGUCGACAAGAUUUAACAACGAACAAGAUUCGCCACCCAAGUACACUGAGAGCUCUCCUCCGACAGCACCUGUAUUCAACACGCGCGGAAGGAACAGACAACGGAUUGGUACGCAAUUGCAAGAAGCACGCGAUAAAUUUGCAGAGAUCGCAGAAAAUCAUACAACUACUUUACGGUUACAUGCAGAGGCCUCGAUGAAACUGGCUGAUUCUGCACUGUUAGCAGCUCAGAACGACUUACAAUUGAAGAAAGAAGAAUUGCAAUCGAUGAACAGUAAAUUAAAGUUUUAG